ACUCAUCCUUUACAACAAAGGUCUCACGUCUCAACGAUUCAGAGCUUUAAUUUUUUCAGUGCAACUGCCUCUUGUCUCUUUGUCUUUCCCUUUAAAUAGCCACCCCACCACAUUGUUUCAUCAUCACCAUCACUCACAAUCUCUCUCUCUCUCUAUCUCUCAAGAUCAAGAUUAAAGAUCAAGAUUCUUAUAACUCAAUCCUCCAAGAUGACAAUGAGCAUAGUUCAACAAGUUCUUGCAUUUCCUGCCGUCAAGACUGCUCCCACACGUUACUUACCUGACCCAGCGUCCAUCAACAAACUCCAAAUCCCAACUCCUUCCAAGAAAUCUAAAAAAAGUAAGGGAAAAUCGAUCCUUCGAACCAAUAGCUUCACGGAUGGAGCUAGAGAUCAGAGCAAGUUAGGACCAAAACUCACCGAAACAGUCAAGAGAAAACUAUCCUUAGGAGCUAAGAUCCUUCAAAUGGGAGGCUUAGAGAAGAUCUACAAGAGGCUCUUUAAAGUCUAUGAUGAAGAGAAACUCUUCAAGGCCUAUCAAUGUUACCUAUCAACAACGGCAGGUCCCAUCGCAGGCUUACUCUUCAUAUCAUCAAAGAAGAUUGCUUUCUGCAGCGAGAGAUCUAUCAAAGUGGCUUCUCCUCAGGGAGAUCUCACUAGGGUUCACUACAAAGUGUCUAUCCCUCUGUGUAAGAUCAAGGGAGUGAACCAGAGUAUGAACACGAAGAAGCCAUCUCAGAAGUACCUUGAAGUAGUCACGGUGGAUGACUUUGACUUCUGGUUCAUGGGAUUCUUGAGCUACAAGAAAGCUUUCAACUGCCUCGAGCAAGCACUUUCUCUCGAGCAAUAACAAGGAGAAGGUUGAAGAGGAAAUAUUUCAUUUCCAAUUUAACCUAUUAAUGUUCUAUCCAAGAAUGUUAGGAGAAAGCCUAGAAAAUUCAGACAAUAUUGUACAAACUCUUUUUUUUUUUGAAGUAUUUAAUCCUUUUGUUAUCCAUUGUUCACAAGAGAGACUGAAUAUAUUUACUGAUAUCAUUAGUUUUCCUUAA